AGAUGACAUACAUGUUUAGCUUGAAGGAUAAAUAUAACAAAUUCAAGAGAGAUUAUGCUAAUUAUGAUGGGGUCUUCAAUAAGCCACAAACCAAAGGAAGUCUUGCGCUUCCUCAUAUACACACCUUCACUUCCAGCAGGAAGGGGAAGCCAGGACAAGUUGAGAAGCACCGGAAGGCUUCUAACUUCCAGAGGAGAUCUAUCGAGAAAAUCCAAAGGAUUAAGAACAAGGGAGAAUACGGAUUUGAAACUACUUCAGAAAAAUAACAAUUAUUUCCAUUAUGAUAAAGAAGCGAAAAUCCUGAGGAUGGAGUCACUCCCUAACUCCAUUGAGAGAGGUAAGGCUACCUUGAAUGACGCUUUAGUGAACUCAAGGAAUGGGUACUCCAAGAACCUGACUGUCUCAGAGAAGAAAAGAAUCGUAAACUGUAGGGGUUUUAAAGAGGGCAGUCAAAGAUAUUCUAAGCAGUCCUCUUAUUUUGUCGAUCAAACUGAAAGGGAUAAUCUGUCUGUUGAUGAUUCUCACAGUAAGAGAAAUAGAAUCAGAAGUGAUCAUGCCAAGAAUUGCCAACAAACAAUGAAGAGCAAGAUUAGUCAAGAUAAAAGCUACACCUCUGGAAUUAUACAAUCCCAAUCACUCAAGAGCGAUGCUAAGGAUAUGAAGGCAAUGGGCAAUAAAACCUCUACUGAAGACACACAACAAAACAGGAGAAUAGAUCUUGAUGAUGACUAUGGUAAAACUCAAGAUGUUGAUAGCAUCAAGAUUAAUGAAAACCAAAUAGACCUCUCACAUCAUAUGACUGAGGAUAUUCCUUCUAUUAGGAGAAGAAAAUCUAAAAAUCUAAAAUCCAAAAAGAUAAGUCGGACUAAGGAGAACUCUUUCAUUGAAAUCAAUAGGAUCGGUGAAAAGAGGUUCACUCCGAAUAAGGUAGAUAAUAAGCCCAAAUCUGAAUGUACCACUCCUCGAUCUCUUAAAAGGAUCGAGAAUUCCGACAAUAAGAAGAACUCUAGCCCUGCUGAAGCAGCAAUGGAAGCUGAUGAGGAUGAAAAGCCAUGGAUUGCUUACCUUAAGAGCUUAAAAGUGCCAAUACUCUGUCCAUGCCAUAGAAGAAUCCAAUGGAUGGUUACUUCGUAUCAAGAUACUCAGAAGCCUAUGACUAAGAAGGAAAAGAGCCAAUCCAAAGUGCUUAAGAGGAAGAUUGUUAAUAAGAAUCCGAACUGUAACCAUAAUAGCAAUGCUGUUUUCAAUAAUAGCUCUUUUAGUAAUAUCCGAUAUGAGGAGCAAAAGCAUGAAAAGGAUGCCAAUUCUGACCUCUUGUGGGCUGAUGGGGACAAUUAUGACGAAAAGAACGAAUUAAAGUCCUUAAAAGACCUAAUUCUGAGACUGUUUCAUGAUCCUAGGUUUGGAGAAAAACCUCCUAAUAAAGCUACUAAAGGAAGGUAUAAGAACAGAAAUCAUAUGAAUACAACUUUUAACACUUAUGAUGAAAUUUUUGGACCAGAGGAAAUUCUGGUAGACGGGUAUAAAAUUAGCAAAGAGUCCUUACUAGGUCUAAAGAAGUUAAACCCUCAUCACAAAGCAAUAAUCUUCAUCCUCUUGGAACUCCAGAAGAUGUCAACCAGAGAUUUGGCUAAGGAGGUAGUGGAUGAAUGCACUUCUAUGAAUAAUAAAUGGGACAAAGAUUGUUAUAUCUGAGUCAUUACCUACAUGGUAGUCCAGACUAUAAAGACAAGGUUUGAUAUCGGAACCAAAGAUCUUAUAGAAACAGUCAAGAAGCUUAUAGAAUAUCCAAUACAGCCUUUAAAAAGUACCUCCAUUCGCUCCAUUUUUCCAAGUGCAAAUGAGGUGGCUCUAAAGUUGAAACCUAUCAAGAAGCAGCCUGCUUUCUUUAGGCCCAAGAAGACCCACUCUAACAAUGAUGAAAAGAACCAGGGUCCCAAAAGAUCGUUCAUGAAGUAUAUGAAGAAGGAGCCUGAAGACAUCUUCGAGUAUAAGCUGAAGAAAUACAGAGAUAAUGUAAAAUAAACAGCAGAUUAUAAAUGGACUUCCACCCAACCCGACUGGAAAUUGAAGGGUUCUCAAGUAUGCAAUUGGAUUCGGAAAUAACUCAAUUCUUGUCCACAAUGCCUUAUCCUCCAGAUGGUGGUGGUCCAAAGUCAAAAUGAAGGACUCCGGGUAUAACUUCCUUUGGACACAACUGAAGAAUAAGAAAUUUGUGUCACAACUAAAGAAGCAUACUGAAGCAUGAGUGGUUAAACAUUCGUCACCAUUGAAAGCUGCAGAGAGUGUGAAAGGGACAGACUCUGAUAUUGAAGGCACUAAGACCAACGAAAGUGGAGAUGAAACAGCAGCAACUCCUUCCUCAAAGAAAAGAGCUAAUAAGUUAGCUCAAAAAGAAAAGGUGAGAACAAAGUCUGGACCUGAAUAUACUAUCGCAAGAAGAAGGGGUGGACAGAAGCUGCCUAAACCGCCAAUGCAGUGUGAUUCGACUUGUCUAUCGAACCAUUUGGAGUUCCAUAUACAUUUAUCAAACAAGAAGGCCUUGUAUUACAAUAUGAAGACUUAUUAUGAAUCACUGGAAGAGAAUCCUUUUGAUUAUAUUCCUCAGACAUUCCAUAUUAAGGAUGGAGUCUGCAGUGAUGAAUUCUUGAAAUUCCAGGCAGAAUUUGAUCAUAUUGAGGAAGAAAUUGAAUCUGGCACCAGUAAGCCCAAACCACACAAUAUCUGGAUUAUCAAGCCUGGUGAAAAUACUAACCGAGGUUCAGGUAUCACUGUUUGAAGGGAGUUUAGCCAGAUCAAGAGCUUAAUUGAGACUAAGGUUCAACUCAGAAAUAAUCAGUACAGGAGCUACAUUGUCCAAAAAUAUCUUGAAAGACCUUUGCUGAUAAACAAGAGGAAAUUUGACAUCAGAUGAUUUGCUCUGAUAACCUCUAUAAAUGGUAACUUAUGAGGUUACUGGUAUAAAGAGGGGUAUAUCAGGACUGCCAGUCGAGAGUUCUCGCUCAAAAAUGUGUCUAACAAGUACAUCCAUCUCACUAAUGAUGCUAUUCAGAAAUAAGUGUGAUGUUUACGGAAAAUUUGAAGAUGGAAACAAGCUAAAUUACAAGGAGUUCCAAAAACAUUUUGAUAAUGUCCAUCCUGACUGGAAGAUCGAUUUUGAGGGAAAGAUAUACCCGCAAAUGAAGCGGCUGGCUACUGACUCGAUAAAAGCAACGUAUAUACAGAUUGAUAAGCAUCGGAGACACCAUUCUUUUGAACUCUUUGGAUACGAUUUCAUGGUUGAUGAGAACCAGAAAGUAUGGAUGAUCGAAGUAAACACUAAUCCAUGCCUUGAACUAGCAUCAAAUUAUCUAGCUAGGCUGAUACCUAGUUUAAUAGAGAACAUGUGAGAGAUCGCUAUUGAUCCAGUGUUCCCAGCUCCUGAAUGGAAUGCCUCUAGGAGGAAUCCUAUCCCUAACUUCUCAGAUAAUAAAUUUGAACUGGUUUUUAAUGAAAGGACAGAUAGCUCUGAGCUAAAAGACAUUCUAAAGCAAGUCAAUCUUAAGGACAUAAUUAGGGAAGAAGACGAGGAAGAUGGAGCUCAGGAAGAAGAGGAAGAGGACUCACCUACCAAAUAGACUAUAUUAAAUUCUCCCCUUUUUACUAAAUAAGCAGUUUCA